UUGCCUGCUGGAGUUGUGUUGUGUGUACAUAUACAUGUCUGAGUGCCACACAGGGUGGGUGUGUUUGUGUGUCUGUGGUUUUUUCUUCCAGGUUCUUGUGCACGCCAGCUGCGUGGGUUGUUAUGUAAUGAGUGUUCAAGGGAAAAGUGGAAGCCAGACAAAUUGACAUUUGAUUCCCUAACCAAUCGUGUUGUGUGUCCACUGUGUGCAUGCUGUUUGGGUGGAGGAGGACCACAGUAUAUAUUGACCAUGGAGAACAGAGCGAAGUAUGGAGAAGGCAUCAAAAGGCGAAAGAGAAAAAUAAUUGAACCCAAGUUCUACUAGUACCAGUCACUAGUCAUUCAAGAAGAGGCCUGGACACGACAAAGCAAAAGCAACAUGAAGACUCUGGCUGUUCUGACCAUUUGCGCCAUCCUCUCGGUCUCGAUGUCCACAAAUGAUCUGGACCCUGAUGUGACUGUGGAUUCCACUCCUGACCCUGCCGCAGAAUCAACACCUGACGCAGACUCAUCUUCGUCUUCCUCCUCGGCUUCCGAUUCAUCCGCGUCUGACUCGUCGGCUUCGGACUCUUCAGCUUCAGACUCCUCAGCUUCUGACUCAUCAAGCUCCUCCUCCUCGUCCUCCGAAUCGGCCAGUGUUAGUGCUGAAGCCACAACAGAGGAACCAGCUGACGCCAUGGAGCCAGAGGUGAUUAUGAAGAGAGACCUGGCUUCAGUGCUGCUGAGGAGAAAGCGGGCAGUGGGACCCACAGCUGGGGCCCUCACACUCACCCAAGUGGAGAGUCUGAGCGAGGUGUGUGAGCUGAAUGUGGCCUGCGACCACAUGGCCGAAACAGCAGGCAUCGUGGCGGCUUACACGGCGUUCUACGGAGCACCUGCCUUCUAACCUGACUCUAUCGUAACAAACCCGGAGGGAGGGAAUACUCCGUUCCUGAAGCAACACGCUCGUAGGAGGGACUGACAAUUCCAUCGGGUCUCCUUACGAGGGCGUGGAAGUAAAACCAAACAGGUUUGAUCCGUUUUAGGGACCAAGCCAAGGGACUUUACAAGACCAGUGAAGUUGGUGGCUACCAUACUCGUAGUACCAAGUACAGCUAUAUGUUUUGGGUAGUGUCAAAUAAAGCGUUGUAGUGUGUAGGGCCACAUGGGAAGAGUUCCUGUGAUUGUAGGAGCCUGCUAAUGUAAAUUGCAUAACACAAUAUCACAAUGAAUGGUCGUGAAUGCACCAAAGUAUUGUAUCAUAGGUUUGUCCACAUUUAAAUGUUCUGUAAUGUUAGAUAGAUACAAAAAAAAACAAAAAAACACAUCAUUGUUUAACUGCAAUGUGUUAUAACCUUCAUUUCCUUUUAAAAUGUAGUUCAUUUUUGUGUCCUGGUCAGGUGCCAUUAUUGCUGAAAGUUAAUAUGGUCAUUGAUGUAUUGAUUGAUUUAUUCAUGGUUCUAUGGUGCUAUUAGUGGAAGUUUAGAAAGAGUGAGGACAUCAUUUGUUGGGUACCAUUUAUUUGCCAGAUUGAAUUAUUGUGAGUUUUGUAUGAAACCUCCCGCCUUGACUGUUUAUGGACUACUGUCUUCAAUAAAGGGUACAUUUAAAUA